GGUUAAAAUAUUUCUAUCAAACCAUACCCGAUGCUGUGUCAGCUGUCAACCACAAAGAGUACAGCAUGACCUUCAUGCCCAUCUCACCCCGUUGGAGAGCUUUAAGGAAAAUAUGCAAUGGUCAAUUAUUCGCCAACAAGACUCUUGAUGCCAGCAUAGACCUCAGGCGAAAGAAAGUGCAAGAACUCCUCGCUGAUAUCCAUCAAAACAGCCUAAAAUGUGAAGCUGUUGAAAUUGGAAGCGUGGCUUUCAAGACUGCUAUAAACUUGUUAUCAAAUACUAUAUUCUCUCUGGAUUUGUUUCACUCUACAGGUUCAGCUGGAGAGUUCAAGGAGUUGGUGACAAAAAUCAUGAAAGAGGUUGGAACGCCAAACUUGGCUGAUUAUUUUCCUAUUCUGAAGAUGGUAGACCCACAGGGUGUUAGAAGACGCACUGGUAGUUACGUUAUUAAGAUUAUUGACAUCUUUCGGUGCUUGAUCAAUCAACGAUUGAAUUUAAGGGAAGGCAAAUCCAACACCAUGAAUUACAUGUUAGACACUCUGCUCAACAUUUCUCAAGAGAACAGCCACGAAAUGGACAAUUUACAAAUUGAACAUUUAUUUCUGACUUUGUUUGUUGCUGGAACGGAUACAAUUACAACUACAUUAGAAUGGGCAAUGGCGGAGGUAAUUCGCAACUCAGAGGUUAUGUUGAAAGCAAAACAAGAGCUUGAGGAAACCAUUGGCAUAGGUAACCCGGUGGAUGAAACUGACAUUGCAAAACUCCCUUACUUAAAAGCAAUAAUAAAAGAGACUUUUCGAUUGCAUCCUCCGGUUCCAUUUUUAAUCCCUCGAAAAGCCAAGACAAAUAUAGAAAUAUGUGGCUAUACUGUCCCAAAGGAUGCACAAGUUCUAGUUAAUGUGUGGGCGAUUGGCAGAGAUUCAAGUGCCUGGGAUAAUCCAAAUCUGUUUUUACCAGAGAGGUUCUUGGGAUCAGAAAUUGAUGUUAAAGGCCAUGAUUUUGAGCUUGCACCAUUUGGUGCUGGGCGACGCAUAUGUCCUGGCUUGCCACUGGCUAUGAGGACAUUGCUCUUGAUGUUGGGUUCACUUGUCAACUCUUUUAAUUGGAAACUUGAAGAUCAUAUGAAAUUGGAGGAUAUAAACAUGGAUGACAAAUUCGGAAUUACGAUUGAAAAAGCACAGCCCUUGCGAGUUGUUCCGGUCAAAGUAAACAACUGA